AUGUAUAACGAGGUUAGAAAGCAAAGAAGCUUGCAGAAUGGGGAUGUUAAUGCAGCAGUUCGUUAUUUGGAAGGUGUAGCUCGUGUGGAUAACAGGAUGUACUGGAGGUAUAGGCUAGGGAAGGACAACAAUAUGUGUGACCUGUUCUGGAGUGAUGGCCGUAGUCAGCUGGAUUAUGGAAUUUUUGGCGAUGUCCUCGCAUUUGAUGCCACAUAUGGUCGAAACAAGUACAAUCUCCCUGUGGUUGUGUUUUCAGGAGUGAACCACCACAAUCAAACCUGUGUUUUUGGGGCAGCAAUGGUAUCGUGCGAAACACAAGAGUCCUACAUUUGGGUAUUAGAAAAGUUUCUGGAAUGCAUGGAAGGAAAACCCCCAAAUGCGGUCAUCACAGAUGGAGAUCCAGCGAUGCGCAUAGCUAUUCACGAGGUCUUUCCCAAUGCCCACCACAGGUUAUGUGCAUGGCAUCUUCUGCGGAACGCCACGUCAAACAUAUACGACCCACGCUUCACCCAUCUUUUUAGGCAAUGCAUGCUUGCUGACUUGGAGGUUGAUGAGUUUGAGGCACAUUGGGAUGCUAUGUUGAACGAAUGUGGGGUAAGGGAAGUCGAAUGGGUUCAGGACCUGUACCGGCGAAAGCAUGCUUGGGCGACUGCGUACAUCAGAGGCCGCUUUUUUGCUGGUAUACGCACAACGUCUCGCUGCGAGUCACUUCAUGCGAAGCUUGGUAGGUUUGUAGAGAGUAGGUAUGGCAUACUUGAAUUUGUGACAAACUUCCAACGGUGCGUCGAUUUUUUGCGUGAUAAUGAGGAUGAGCUUGAUUUUCGUUCCUCGUAUGGGACUCCAGUGUUACAAACUGAAUUUGUCGAGCUUGAGAAGUCGGGUUGGACAAAGUACACUCGUGAAAUGUUCUUCAGAUAUCGGGAAACUCUUAGGAGAUGUGUUCGAGUUAAGAUUUGCCACUGCGAUGUUAGUGACAGCGGGGAAGUAUACAUCCUUCAAAAAUAUAGAAGGCCCGAGCGAACAUGGGAGGUUAGGUGGGAGAGGGCGAGUAAUAAAUUCAGUUGCGAUUGCAUGCGAAUGGAAUCAUUUGGUCUACCAUGUGUGCACAUUGUAGCUGUUUUGGUUCGGAUGGACAUCACAUCCCUUCCCGACACGCUGGUUCUCCGUAAAUGGUCGAAGACGGCAAAGUUGCAUUAUGGAAUUGUGGGAACUUGA